GAUGCCGGCUCUGGUCAGUCAGUCACUUGCUGCGGGGCUGCGCGGUCGUUCAUCAGGAGGUUUCCCCCACCGCACCGGAAAUGGCGGUGAGCGGCGGCGGCAGCGCGAAGAGCUGGGCUCGGCUGGAGCCGCACUCCCACAAGAUACCGGCAUGGAAGCUGGAGGUGCUGGAGAGGAAGCGGGCGAAGAUGGCGAGCGCUGCCCUGUCCCGGGGGAAGGACUCGUCUCCUAACCGCAAGACCCGCUCCCUGUCGCGGCAGGGCGGCAGCCCGGAGCGCCUGGUGCUGCAGGACAGCCUGGGGCCGCUCCAUGAGAACCCGUUCAUCAAGCAGGAGAAGGAGCGGCGGCGGCGGCGGCAGGAGCAGCGCUCCCAGGGCAGAGCCGCCUCCCCCAUCCGGCACCUGCUGGACAUGUACAGCCACGUCCCGGGCAUGAGGACCAUCCGAGCUGAGAACAUCAUCAUCAUCGAGUCCGAUCCCGGCUACUUCACCCACUCCAGCAGUCAGGGCGACCCUGUGGAGGAGCUGCUGGCCAAGAGGGGCAGCAAGGUGGCCGAGAUCCGGGCAUCAGAGGUGGUCAUCUACGAGCCGGAGGUCCCCAACAAGGAACCAUCCAAGAAAGUCAAGGAAGCCCCCAAAAAGGAGCCGCUGGAGCACUCCGAGGUCCUGGAAGAAGCCGGGAGGGUGAGCCGGUUGCUGGAGAAGUUUGACCAUGGCCAUAGUAGACCCGUGAGGUCCAGGAGCUUGGAGAACUUAUUGGAUCGAGACAACAAACCCACCAUAUUGCCAAAGCCUCCGAUCCUUCAGCGUCCAGGUCAAGCCUCCCGAAACAGGUCACCUAAGAGGUCUGGAGAGGUCUCCCCGUCAUCCGCCUCCAUCUUCGAGGAAGACAGUAAGAGGUUUCCACUCAACAACCCAUCUUGGCUACCUUCCAAGGUGCCCACUUCCCAUAAUCUACCCGACCCCGACCUGUUUCAUAAAAGACCCUCAAGUCCCAUGACCUCUCCUGUGACGGUCACCCCUCUGUCUCCUUCCUCACCUCUGUCCCCUUACGGUGACAAGCCUCUGUCGCCCAUCGUGGCCACAGUCAGGGAGAAAUUCGAAGACGGGCAUACGACAAACAACGUUCCUCCAUUACCAAAAGCGGUCAAUGUUACCCAAAAGGUUGGCAACAAUACCAUCCUGGUCAAUCCCAAAGCUGUGCCCACUGAUAAGGUGAAGUGUCCCACUGCAGAGCCUAUGAUUGACUGUCCACCGCUUACCAACGGCCAUGUUGACCACUUGGAGAAAACCAGAAAGACGUCUAGUUCUAUCAGUAUUCAAGAUCUCCUGUCCAAGACCAAACGGCCCAAAGGUACCGCUGCUCAGAGGGCACCCGGGGGAAGUGGUCCAGUGCCAUCCAAUGAUUCCAUUAAUGAGAUUCCCAACGGCGCUAACGCUUGGAGGCCAAAAUUUGAGGUGGACCCACCAAAAUCUAAUAGCAUCCCUCCCAAAUCCAGUGCCACUUACUCGGAGCACCCAUCCAUCAACCACCACUGUGACCAGGUCUUCACCAGUGCCACUCCAAGCCAGCAGCUGAAAGUGUCCUCUUCCACCAGCGGUAAUGACUCUUUCGAGAUUAGACCUGCUCCAAAGCCGGAUCUCGGCAGCAUCCCAGACGAUGACGUUCAGGCAAAGGCGCUGGCGAACAUUCGAAUGCAGUCCAAAAAUUCUUUUGUCUUUAUCCCAAAGAAGAGGCAGGUCCCUUCUGUAACCCAUCAAGAUGGUAUGGUCCAGUCCAACGAUAAGCCAAAAGUGCAAAACGGCACUUUUGCCCUUAAUGGCCCCAAAUUAGAUGUCAUGGACUCUCCUAGAAAACAUGGCAUCUGGUCAAAUGAUGUCCACGUUCCGGCAGUGCCCCAAGAAGUUAGGAUGAAUGGGGAUGCCAGUUUAGGUAAGACCGUCAGUUCAGAGACCUUUAAAGCCUCCAGUGUACCCCCAGAUUUUGACUGGAAAAGUGGACUUUUGCCGCCCCGAUCGUCCACCGAAUGUCAGUCGUUUACUGAUCUGGGGGCUGAGCUUGAAUAUUUAAGUAGUGUGCAGGAAGGACAUGGGGUGGGUGUAUCGCCCGAAGUCCCGGUUACAAAAAUACACGAGGACGCGGCGAAACAUGACAUACCGGUCACCAACAUAGAUGAUGUAGUCACUGUAGAAGACAAGGAGGUCAACAAAGAGACCAAACCGUCCUUGAAAGUAGAGGAGCCUCCCUAUAGGCCGCCACAUUCCGCUGUGUCCUCCAUCCGCAGUAAAGGAGGCAAUACCUUCACGGUGGUACCUAAGAGGAAACCGGUCACAGAGCAGGAGGCUUUCCGGACCCCUGUGGUGGAGGAAGAUGAGGAGGAUGACCCUAGGUCUAAAAGAAAGUCUUCAGAUGGAUCUGAGGCUCCUUACUCGGAACUGGGAGCUUUGCUGAAAAAACGCUAUCCGACUGCGGACGAAAUCCAGGUCAUUGGUGGAUAUCAGUCGCUGUCCAAGUCCUGUCUGUCCAAGAUUGGCUCCACGAGGAAAAAGAUGAAGAUCUCCUUCAAUGAGCAGAACAUCCACACCAUGUUUGAGUACCCGUCUGAGACCUCGGUGGCUGAGGAGAUGGGAGGUGUCGAGGUCAAUGACGCGUCCGGCUCAGAAUCUGAGGAAGACGAUAAACCUUCUGGUCUGUUUCUCCCUCGGGCAAAGUUUGUGAGCUCCGGUGCAGCCAGCAACUCUGCAAACUCAGGUCUCUCUAAUUACACCCCGAAGCACUCGGUGGGGUACAGCACAUGGCAGGACGAGACGUCUCAGGGGGACUCCACAACUGAAGACCUCAACACACCGAGCCAAGACAUGCUCACGCCAGCCGACAGCAACGCUCAUACGGACUUCCGAAGCGAGCCGGCGCUCUACUUCUAACCACGGAGGACGGUCAGAUAUAACCGGACUGUGGUCACUGCCCUGACGUCUGUCCUCAGCAAUGGCGCCCGUGCCGCAAAGCAUCCUGGGAACGGACUUCAGUCUCGCUGUGGGGCUACCAAAAUAAUAAAAUAAAAAAAUUGCGCGCUUACAAUAUUGGCUGAUCUAUGAAAUACGCCAUAUACGUAAUACGUAAGUGUAGCAGCUUGUGUGCUGCCUGCGGGGGGCGCUCUGUUAAUUAUAUUAAUUAAAGAGCCCUCCAAGUGAUUAAUCCUGUGUCCCCGCACCUCUUAAGGUGGGUGGAGGGGGGGGGGGGGGGGAAUGACCGUGGGGUGUGUCUUGAAGACGUCUUAGUUGUCUGCGUAUGUAAGUAACCCAUGCCUUAGGGCAGUGGCUGGAAAACUACAACUCCCAGCAUGCCCCGACAACAGCAAGCUGUCGGCGCCUGCUGGGAGUUGUGGUUUUACAUCUGCUGGAGAGCCACAGUGUGAUUGAAAAUGAUGACUGGUGAACUUUAUGAAUUUUUGGGGGAGAGUUCGGUGUAGAUUCUGGGGUUCAAAGGCUAAAAUUGGCGGGUGACGAAAACUUUAUCGAUCAGGUUUAAUCAGUAUUUCCACCUUAAAAAAAAUUAAAAAAAAUCCACCUUAAUAAAUUCAACAGUCCUUUACAGUCCAGAAACAAUAUAUAUUUUUUUCCCAACUGUUUAUUAUCUUCGUAUCUGUUUCUGGGAAAGGUGGGUGACAACCAAUAUGGCCGCCAUUGCAGCUCCCAUAGAAGGGGAACAGCCACGGCCAUGGUCAUUUUGGUAGUCACCCAGCUUUCCCAUAGAUGGAUAUUACAGCCUCAAGGGCUUAUAUGCACUGGUUGUUUAUUUUGGGUCGGGGUGGAUAUCUGCUUCGAGUCACACGCAGCCAUCUGAUUGGUCAAAGGAUUGGAUGUUUAAAGCCGUGCUUGUCAAGCCCCGCCCCCUUUUGUCAGUCAUGUUCUUAGUUGUCACAUUCCACUCGGGGACCUGCAGGGAGGUGAUGAUGGCAGGUAUGUAAACACGGCGCACCUGCCCGUCUGAGAAAUGCUGCAAUUAUGAUUAAUGACGCACAUUUGCAUACCGUGAUGUCACAGGGGCGGAGUCACGCACUUUGUAAGCGCUCGUCCCGGCAGCUCACUGACGGAUGUACAUACCGCUUCCCUUGUUAUUUGCACUUUGUUUUGGUCAUACCUGUAAUUUGGCCUAAGAAAAGAUGAUCUCUUAAAGGGAUUGUCCACUUUAAAGGGGAGGGGGGUUAAUAAGACACAUCAUUGAUGAUCCAGUGUGGGACAUUCCAUAAAAAUUUUUUUUUCCAUAGGUGGAAAGUCACAUUUUUGUACAAGUGGACAUCCCCUUUAAAUAUCCUCUCAGAAGGGGUGUUCCCUUAUUUGCUUUGUCGGUGGCAGUUUUUAGUACUCCCCAGCAGACAUGCCCUUUAAUUUGUGGCCUCGGCCUCUUAACUGAGACAGAAAAACCGUGACUCCAUCCCUGCACGCGGUUUCAUCUGAUGAUUUGCAUGAGGUAACGCCCCUUUAUCGAUUUUGGUUCUGUCCGCAAAUCUAGGAACCAGAAGACGUGAUACAUGCUCCACUGCUAUGCAAGAUCGGUGACGCUCCAGUGUCGCUGAGGUGAGACUACAAGUCCCAGCAUGCUUUGCCAGCCAAUGGUAGAGUGUUCUGAGACUUGUAGUUCUUACCACUUACCCCACUGUGUCCUCCAUGAUCUGUGGUGCAUUCACACACUACGGUAUCCAGUCCGCUCCUCCAUUGUGUUGUUUUUGUGUCCGUCCGUCCUGUCAUGUAUAUAUGAAAUGUAAGAAGUCACAAGAUGAGUCUUUGCACUUGAUUUUCGUAAAGUUUAUAAGAUAUAAUGAAUAUAUAAUAAUCUUCAGAUGUUCCUGUCACAGUCAGGAGUGCUCACCGUGGCCAAAGUCUCCGUGUCUGUCCAGUCGUCUUCUGUAAAGUUGGAUUUAAUUCCUGACUAUGGAUAAUAUUAUUAUUACGUUUUGUAAUGAUUGUAGAUUCAUCCCAGGACUUUACCUGAUGAAAUAUCCAAGAACCGAGCUGAUUGAAUAAAUAUUUUCACUGGAAUAAA